GUCGGGCCGCGGGACGGCCAUGAUCGUCUCGAGCGGUUCCGCCGGGCUUUUUCCCCCAAAUCUACCCCGAAUUCCCGGGACUUGAAGCAGCGGCCACCCCCAUCGUACCGUCUCCCCAAGGCCAACCCAACAACUCUUUCUAAUAAAGCAGCCGUGUCGGCGCUGACCCCGAAAGCAGUCAGUGUCCAAUCAGAAAACAAAAAAGAAAUAUGCAAAUGAAAUGUAUCACGUUAGUCGGAGCGCUGAGGUCGACUCCGUACUAAAACUUCGCAAAUAAUCAUUCUUCAUAAAUACUUCCUUUAGAGCCGGCCUUUUUCUCUGAACUGCGGGUGCUGGAAGUCAGAAACAAGAACAGAAAUUUCUGGGUGAACUCGGCAUGUGUGGAGAGAAAGCAAGGUUAACAUUUCAGGUCCAGCGAUCCUCCUUCACAGCAAUUUCUAGAAGUAACAAAUUUUGGGAGCCGAGUUUCGGCAGCAGAUCCGUUGAAGCAGGAACAGAGACAGAUGAUGCCAUGGAAUUGGCAGCCUUGAUGGAGGAUAUGGGACUUUCUGGGUGCUGCAUGACAAUGUCUGCAUGAAUUAAGUGGAUUGAAAGUGACAUGUAGUGGAUUAAACAUUGAACAGUUUAAAACAUACAACGGCAACUGCAGAACAGCUGAAGUCAGCUUCCUGGAGCAAACUGUUGAUUACUCUUGUGUAGUAGAUGCAACAGGAUGACUGAUCCUAUCAUGGAUUUUUUGGAUGAUGCCAACCUGUUUGGUGGAGGAUUGGAAGGCUUGGCAGAUGAUGGCUUUUCGCAAGCAGGACCAGUUUCAUUGGUUGAUGAGCUAAACCUCAGUGCAGAUUUUGAGCCUUUGCAAGUUGAGCCAUUGCAUCAUGUAUCAGAGACACAGACAUCAGAAAAAAUUAAUUUUGAACAGCUACAGACAUUUGAUUCACUGAAACUUCAUCCAGAGAACCAGUCUUUUAACUUGGUGGGCAGUGGUGCUGAGACUAGCGUCCUUUCUCCACAUUCCCAGUUUCGUUGUUCACCAGAUCAUCAGCAAAAUCAGACAAAUGGGCUGUUCCCUUCUGCCCACAAUGAUAGUAGCGGCCAGUCAUUCGUAGACGGUAGCCCAAUGUGGGGCCACCAAAGCCCCAUUUCAAAUCAGAAUGGAUCACCAUUCCAUACCUUGCAAGCACAUUCACAGUCCAUCCAGCCAAUGACCCCCUUCUUAACACAUCAUGAUUUUGGUCUGCAUCAGUCUAGCCCGCAGCAGCAGCAACAAACUGCAUCAGUGCAGCCCCAACAGAAUAUGAAUCAUUUCACUACAAGUCAGAAAGUUCUAAAUCAAGGCAAUCAAUUCAUGGGUGCCCAUGGUUCACCUUCAUCUCAUAUGACUCCGUUGGGCCAACCAACCACAACUGUAAGUUCAUCUACUCAACAACAUUCUGCUUCAGUGCAGCAGUUUAACCAACCAACUACAACUCUAUCCGUGAAUCCAGUACAUCCUGUUCGAUUCACCACUAGUGCUAAUCUCACCAGUGUACAUCAGAAUAUGAACUUUUCAAACUCCUCACGAGAAAUGACUCCUUGUUCCGUUAAUAAUUCAAAUCAGUUUACUCCUCCAUAUUCCUACCCUAGUAACAACCUAGUUAAUGGCAACAAUUUGACAUCUGCUACUAUCCUUUCAACACAUCAGGUAACCCAGGCUAUGACUUGCUUCCCUGAGAGUGACACAUUCACAGUGGCAGCAGGGACCAACCAGGAACCAGUUCAAGAAAUGCUCAGUCCGACCAGUCCUGCUAAACAAAAGGUUCUCCAACCUAUACAUUCUGUAAACACUCAGGGAAACUACAGCCCUUCAAGUGUGCCCUCUGUUCAAACUGGUGUGCCAGUAACGAGCAGCCCUUCUUCUCGAGUGAGAUUUGGUAACACAACAGCUCAGAGGAAACCAACUGACUUUUCAACUCUUCAGGGAAAUCCACUUCCGCAUUCUCAGACACAUUCGUUGACCAGGAUGAGAACAGAUGAUUGCCAUCUGUCAGUGAAGUUUGGCAAUUCGGGCCUUGGCCAAGGGAAUUCAUCCCCUAUUUCAAGACCAGUGGCUUCACGGCAGUUACAGCAGCAGCCAAGCAAGCAACAAAAGAUGGGUAACCAACAGCAAAUACGCCAAGACCCAGCUACCAUUAACCACACGCUAUCUCAGCGUUGGCAGCCAUCAAUAACUAACCAGCAUCGGCAGAUGAAGGGAUCCAUGCAGUUGACUUUGCAACGGCAGCCCCUUUCCUCUCAGACCACCAUUGAUGGUUCUCAUCCACAAACAACACAAAUUGUCAAAUUACAGAAUGCACAGUUGAUGACUGGAAACAAACAACUAAAAAAGAAGGAAAUGCAGAACAAGCAAGAAAAAGCUAAUCGCAUCAUAUCGGAAGCAAUUGCUAAGGCUAAAGCACGUGGAGAACAGAAUAUUCCCCGAGUGGUAAACCCAGCCUGUCUAUCCACCGGGUCUGCUCGAAAGGAAGAAAGGAAAUCCAACAAGUGCAAAACAAAACAAAAGGAUAAAGAGUCAAAAAAAUCUAGAACUGGCUUAUGUUCUAAAUCAAAGGAUGGAACAAAAAUAAACAAAAUCAUAAUAUCGCUUGGGAAAAAAAGGAAGAAUGAAUCAUCAGAAGAGGGCUCAGACACUGAACAGGUUCCUGCACCAUCAAUAAAGAAAGAACCCAUCUCUGGAUGUCAAAAGAGACGAUCGAACAGACAAGUGAAAAGAAAGAAGUAUAACGAAGACACUGGAAUGAAGAUUUCGGAUGAUGAUGAUGGGUUAACUGCUAAAGGGAAAGUCAAGACUUGUGCUAUUCUACCUGCUGAGCAACCUGUGCAGUUAUUUGUGGAAAACCCUAGUGAAGAAGAUGCUGCCAUUGUUGACAAAGUUAUGGCCUCAAGAUUAGUGAAAAAAGAGGUAGCAGUGGGACAUAUGGCUGAUGUUGAAGAGUUCUUUGUAAAAUACAAAAAUUACUCCUAUCUUCAUUGUGAAUGGGCCACAGAAGCACAGCUAAUGAAAGACAAAAGGAUACAUCAAAAAGUGAACCGCUUCAAGAUUAAACAGGCUCAGAGAGGCCAUUUUUUUGCAGCUAUGGAUGAUGAGCCUUUUAAUCCAGACUAUGUUGAAGUGGAUAGAAUAUUGGAAUGCUCGUGUUGUGAGGACACAGACACUGGUGAGGCUGUUGUUUAUUAUUUGGUUAAAUGGUGUUCAUUGCCAUAUGAGGAUAGUACCUGGGAGCUUAGAGAAGAUGUAGAUCAAGGCAAGAUUGAGGAGUUUGAACGACUGCAGCAAGCAAAGCCUUCCCUGAAGCGCAUGGACCGUCCUCCCGCCACUGCUUGGAAGAAACUUGGACAAUCCAGGGAAUACAAGAUCGGUAAUAAACUCAGGGAUUACCAAUUAGAAGGUGUCAAUUGGCUCCUUUUCAACUGGUAUAACAGGCAAAACUGCAUUCUUGCUGAUGAAAUGGGUUUAGGCAAGACUAUCCAAUCUAUUACGUUCCUUGAUGAAAUUUAUCUGACUGGAAUCCAAGGUCCUUUUCUCAUCAUAGCGCCUUUGUCUACAAUUGCAAAUUGGGAAAGGGAAUUUCGCACAUGGACAGACCUGAAUGUCAUCGUUUAUCAUGGCAGUAUGAUUAGUAGACAGAUGAUUCAACAGUAUGAAAUGUACUUCCGGGACUCAGAGGGUCGGAUUCUUCGGGGAACUUACAGGUUCCAUGCCAUGAUAACUACUUUUGAGAUGAUCCUGGGUGGUUGUCCGGAGCUGAAUGUAAUUGAAUGGCGAUGUGUCAUCAUUGAUGAGGCUCACAGACUGAAGAAUAAAAAUUGCAAGCUACUGGAAGGAUUGAAAAUUAUGAAUCUGGAACACAAGGUCCUGCUGACAGGAACUCCUCUGCAGAACACUGUGGAGGAGUUGUUCAGUUUGCUUCAUUUCUUGGAGCCCCUACGUUUCUCAUCAGAAACCACCUUCAUGCAGGAAUUUGGAGACUUAAAGAGUGAAGCACAGGUGCAGAAGCUUCAGGCAAUAUUGAAGCCAAUGAUGCUGCGACGACUAAAGGAGGAUGUGGAAAAGAAGCUCGCUCCUAAAGAAGAGACAAUUAUUGAAGUAGAAUUAACCAACAUUCAGAAAAAAUACUAUCGUGCAAUCUUGGAACGAAACUUUGCCUUUCUAUCUAAAGGGGCUGGUCAGGCAAAUGUUCCUAACCUGGUAAAUACCAUGAUGGAGCUCAGGAAAUGCUGUAAUCAUCCGUAUCUGAUAAAAGGUGCUGAAGAAAAGAUUCUGGGAGAGUUCAGAGAGAUGCAUAAUCCAGCUGCUCCAGUCUUUCAUCUGCAAGCUAUGAUUCAGUCAUCUGGUAAACUUGUCUUAAUUGACAAGCUGCUCCCAAAGAUGAAAGCUGGUGGUCACAAAGUUCUCAUCUUCUCCCAGAUGGUGCGCUGCCUUGACAUACUUGAGGACUACCUUAUUCAAAAAAGGUAUCCAUAUGAGCGUAUUGAUGGGAGAGUUCGAGGUAACUUACGACAAGCAGCAAUUGACCGAUUUAGCAAGCCUGACUCUGAUCGCUUUGUAUUCUUGCUGUGUACAAGAGCUGGUGGUUUGGGUAUCAAUCUAACAGCAGCAGAUACAUGUAUCAUAUUUGAUUCUGACUGGAAUCCACAGAAUGAUCUUCAGGCUCAAGCUCGAUGUCACAGGAUUGGUCAGAACAAAGCUGUGAAAGUUUAUAGAUUAAUAACUCGGAAUUCAUAUGAACGGGAGAUGUUUGACAAGGCGAGUCUGAAGUUGGGACUUGACAAAGCUGUGCUGCAAAGUAUGAAUGGCCGAGAAAACAAUGUUGGUGGGAUGCAGCAAAUGUCGAAGAAAGAAAUUGAAGACUUGCUUCGCCGUGGUGCCUAUGGUGCAAUAAUGGAUGAAGAAGAUGAGGGUUCUAAAUUUUGUGAGGAGGACAUUGAUCAGAUUCUCAUGCGAAGGACAAAGACAAUUACCAUUGAAUCAGAAGGAAGAGGUUCCACGUUUGCGAAGGCAAGUUUUGUGGCAUCAGGCAACAGAAGUGACAUUGCUUUGGAUGAUCCUAACUUCUGGCAGAAAUGGGCAAAGAAAGCUGAAAUUGAUCUUGAAGCCGUACAUGGAAGGAACAGCUUAGUUAUUGACACACCAAGAGUAAGGAAACAAACCAGACCUUACAAUGCUGCUAAAGAUGAGCUGGCAGAAUUAUCAGAGGCAGAGACUGAUGGAGAAGACAGACCCAAACUACGCAGACCUUAUGACCGAUGUCAUGCAUAUGGAAGAACAGAGUGUUUCAGAAUUGAGAAGAACCUGCUAAUUUAUGGGUGGGAUCGCUGGAAAGACAUUCUAUCACAUGGGCGGUUUAAGAGACGACUGGUGGAACAGGAUGUGGAGACAAUCUGUCGUGCACUCUUAGUAUAUUGCCUUGCUCACUACAGAGGAGAUGAAAAAAUUAAGAGUUUCAUCUGGGAUCUCAUUACCCCGACAGAGAAUGGACAGACAAAAGAACUGCAAAACCACCUAGGGUUGUCUGCACCUGUUCCAAGGGGGAGGAAAGGAAAGAAAGUGAAGAUACAGGGAAGCUCAUUUGAUAUGCAGAAGGCUGAGUGGCUCAGGAAAUACAACCCAGAACACCUGCUCCAAGAUGAUGGCUACAAAAAGCAUUUAAAACAUCACUGCAAUAAGGUACUACUACGAGUAAGAAUGUUGUACUAUCUGAAGCAAGAAGUAAUUGGUGAUCAGUUGGAAAAAGUACUUGAUGGAGUGGAUGCGAGUGAAAUUGACAUUUGGGUUCCUGAGCCUGAGCAGUCUGAAAUACCUGCUGAAUGGUGGGAUGUGGAUGCUGACAAAUCGUUGCUCAUCGGGGUCUUCAAGCACGGUUAUGAAAAGUAUAAUACAAUGAGAAAUGACCCUGCACUCUGUUUCUUAGAAAGAGUUGGCAAACCUGAUGAGAAAGCCAUUGCUGCAGAGCAGAGGGGAAAUGAUACUUUUGCAGACGGUGCAGAGGGGGAUGGUGAAGAUCCAGAAUAUAAACCAACUCAGCCGUUAUUCAAGGAUGAAAUGGAGGAUGCUGCAUCUUCUCCAGGAGAUCUAAUAAUUACAGAUGGCUCUCUGGGAGAAGGUGAUCUGUUGUAUUGGCCAACUGCGUCUGCUUUAACAACACGCCUUCGUCGACUUGUGACUGCUUAUCAGCGUAGUAACAAGAAAGAACAGGUCAAACUGGAAGCCCAAACUAAAGGAGAUAGGAGGAGGCGACUUUGUGCUGACACUGUAAAAGCUAAGGAGGCCGCUAAAAUCGAGAAGCAACAAAGGUGGACCAGGCGAGAAGAGGCUGAUUUCUACAGAGUCGUGUCUACUUUCGGUGUCGUUUAUGAUCCAGAUAAGCAAAAAUUUGAUUGGACUAAAUUCCGAGCUAUUGCCAGGCUGAAUAAGAAGACAGAUGAGAGUCUGCAGAAGUAUCUUUACGCUUUCAUCGCUAUGUGUCGAAGAGUUUGUCGUUUACCACACAAAGAGAAAGAAGAGCUUCCUGAUCCACCCAUUUUCAUACAGCCUAUUACAGAGGAGCGUGCUUCCAGGACAUUAUAUCGGAUUGAGCUGCUCCGUAAAGUUCGGGAACAAGUACUUCGACAUCCUCAACUUGAUGAACGGUUACAGUUGUGUCAGCCAGGCCCAGAUCUGCCAGAGUGGUGGGAGAGUGGAAAGCAUGAUAAGGAAUUGCUCACUGGAGCAGCUAAACAUGGUGUCAGCAAGACUGAUUAUCACAUUUUCUGUGAUUCAGAGCUUUCCUUCAUGAUGGCUCAAAGAAACUUCAGCCAAAACAAAGCUACACAAUCUAGGAGCUCCACACCACUCUUGCACCCUCAGUAUCCAUCUUCAUCCUCACCUAUUAAUUUACCGGCUAAGCUACAGGACAAAAAAAGUCAGCCUGAGACUGAAACUGCAAAGUGUGAAAGAACAGUAGUUGUAAAAAAGGAACAAUCAUCUGAUGAUGAAGAUGCAGUGCACACUGAGGUUAAGAAUAAAAUGAAAUCAGAACACUGGAAUGCUGUGGGUGGUUUUCAGCUACAAAACCGAUUAGACAAGAAGACUGGCAUUAAAUUAGACCCAGAUCCAGAUGGAUGUAUGGUUGCAGCAAGGACUCAACCCCUUACACCAAACUCUGUACACAACAAACGAAAGGCAAACAGAGGACGUCCUGACUCAAGCUCUGAUUCAGAUUCAGAUUCAGAUAAUUCUUCUUCGUCUUCACCAUCGUCAUCGUCGUCCUCGUCCUCGUCACAGUCCUCAUCUUCCUCCUCAUCUUCGUCAUCCUCUUCGUCCUCGUCAUCCUCUUCAUCUUCCUCCUCCUCGUCUUCCUCGUCAUCCUCUUCUGAUGACAGUGAUAGUGACAGUGAUGAUAAGCAGACCACAGCAGGUUGCAAAUCCCCACAGCACUUGAAAACUUAUGAUGAAGAUAGUGUAGCAUCUCUUAGCAUCACACAUGAUGAGACACAAGACAGUUUUCUACCAGAUAGUGGAAAGCCUGAUGGUCCCUUCCUCCAAGAAAGACAUAGGUUUGCUGCCUCCUGCUGGCCAAAGGAUCGUGUCAUGAUCAACAGAAUCGAUAGUAUAUGCCAUGCAGUGCUGAAAGGAAAUUGGAUUCCAUCAAGAAGAAGUUAUGAUUACAACGCUGUGACCUCUUCUUACACAACAAAACUGCUCGAUAGCCCUUCUGCCAUGGGAAAUUUUAGUGAUUCUGCUACUGUAACAUUGGGAACCCAGGGUGCUAAAGAAGAUAAUUCUCUUUUGUCGCAGUUCACAAAGGUGAAGAAGCAUGUGCGAGAAAAGGAGUUUACAGUGAAAAUCAAUGACGAAGGUGGAUUGAAGUUGACUUUUCAGAAACAAAGGCUCAGUCAGAAGAGAGGACUUGAGGCUGAAGAAGGCACUUCAGAUCAACAGCAAUACAUGGCACGGCUGCAUGAUUUGUAUUCUGCGUCUGACAGCAGCCAGGAAUUGGCUGUGGAUCUUUCCAAAUCUUUGCAGGGAGCUGGGAGCUCCAACUCGUUGCCAUCGUCGGUGUUAUUUAAUUCAAGUUUACCUGGCAACACCUCCACUGUGAUCUCUGAUCCUAAAUCAGCAAUAGCCGGUACUUCACAGCAGAUAUCACGGCACUGUACAAAUGGGGUCCUAUUGGAUGGCCAGCCAAUGGUUAAAAAGAGAAGAGGACGGAAAAAAAAUGUAGAAGGAGUAGACAUCCUCUUCAUGAACAGAAGCAAACCAGUAUUGCCUGCUAAUGUUGAGUUAAACAACAGACAGGCAACACUCAGUGUAAACCAAGUACGACUUGAUGCUGAUAGUCAUGUUUCAGUUAUUAAUGUGAAAAAUGGCACAAGACUCACAGGAGAGGAUGCUCCAAAAAGAAAGGAUUUAGAAGAGUGGCUCAAGGAACACCCAGACUAUGUGGCAGAUGUAUCACCACAUGUUCCAAAAAUUGUUAAAACUGAGAUUUUGGGUGAUAGACCAAAGCAAAAAAGACAUCGGUGCAGAAACCCUAACAAAAUAGAUGUCAAAAGUCUGACUGGAGAAGAACGUGUACCCGUUAUAAAUAGACGAAAUGCGAAAAAGGUGGGUGGCUCACUGGCUCCUCCAAUUAAAGACUUGGAGAGGUGGCUGCAGGAAAAUCCAGAUUUUGGGAUUGCUCCAGAAUGGGCAACUGUAGUAAAGCAGUCGGGGUAUUUACCAGAAAAUAUGUUUGACCGCAUCCUCACGGGUCCUGUCGUGCGAGAAGAGGUUAGUCGAAGGGGUAGACGUCCAAAAAGUGAGCUCACCAAAGCUGCUGCUGCAGCUAUGACUGUUAACCCCUUUGUCGCCAAUGGCCUUCUUGCUGGGAUGGACUUAAACAGCCUACAAAGCUUGCAACAGAAUCUCCAGAAUUUACAGUCUUUACAAUUGACAGCUGGAUUGAUGGGAUUCCCUGCAGGCCUUCCAUCUGCAGGUGGAGACACAAAAUCCCUGGCUUCCAUGUUUCCUAUGAUGCAUUCUAGUAUGGCAGGGUUACCAAAUAUUUUUGGUAUGGGAGAUUUACUAACUAAACCUUCAGAGAUGGGUCCCAAGGACCGAAAUGGAAAUAGCCCUACGGAUUCCUUCAAGCGAACAGAUGAGUCAAAUGAAAGGACAGAGAAACAAAAUGUGGAUGUUGGUAAUGAAAUCUCAGUGACAAGUUCUGCUGCGUCUUCGCCUAGGAAGGUUACACCAACCACAAGUGCUUCGGCCUCAGCAACAUCCAGUGGUCCGCUGGCUAUUAAUCCACUGCUAUUGUCCAGUAUGCUUUAUCCAGGCAUUCUACUCUCUCCAGGCCUUAACAUACCUAUUCCAGGAUUCCCUCAGACUAAUAUUUCUGAUGUACAGACUAACAGAAAUACAGGUGUAACCAUGCCCAAGCCCACAAAGGAAACAAUAGAACACAAAGAGGGAACAGAACAGAAUUCUUCACAUGAAAACAGUGGAGAUGAUGCAUCUGAGAAAGCAACAUCGUCCACUAGUGAAGAUACAACUCAACCAGAUGAUUCGGAUUCCAGUGAAGAAGACUGAAUUUGAAAUAAUAUAUUUAAUCUUACACUGGAACAGCUUCAUUGAUAGUAUAAAUGGUUCUUUUCUGUAAAUAGUUCAGUGAUGAUUUGGAAAAAAUACUCAUGAUUAACUGAAAGGAUUUCAGUAUCUAUUCAUAGGUACAAAAUAUUUAAUGGUACCUUGCAUGUAAAGUUGUUUUGGGAGGCUAAACAGAGUUCAUGUGUGCUCUCAGUUGUAACAAAUACUGAAGCAUCACAGUGCUAGUUGUUAAUUUUUUUAGGGGAUUAAUUUUAAUAAAAUAAAUAUGCACCAUGAGAGCCGUAUAUUUAAUAUAUUUGGUGUGAACUAGGGAAAAUGAGUACCUUUAUGCAUAUCAUAUUAACUUUCUGUAUAUAAAUCCACAAACUCCUUGACACUCAUUUCAGUACUCAGAUCAAACUGCAGGAGACACAGCAAUAACUCGGGCAGCUAAAGAAUGUCAUUAAAACUGUCGAAUAUACAUCUUGAUAAUGCAACAUGGCAACAGUCAAAAUGGAAGUUUGCAUUUUAUUGCUAAAGUGUUGUGAUGCACUGUCAGUUUUAAAAUUCAGGUACACUUCUGAGUUAUUUGGAAGAUUUUUUUUCCCCAGCUGGCCAUAAAACUGGCUAUUUAUUUAUUACCUCAGCUGUGCUAGUUUAGAAGUUUUACAGAAGUAGUUUGUAUAACAUUCGCUUCGUUUGCGGUUUGCAAGAUGUCUCAUUUAUCACAUUAUGUAGCUGGUUGUAGUGAGUGCUUUCACUUUGCAUGUGUUCUUUCUCUGCACAUUAUUAAAAGGGGGCAAGGUGCCAUGGGAAGUCACAUAGAUAAGUGCCGUAUAUUUUGCCUGGUUAUUCAUUCAUGGGAAUGAUUAGUUGGUGUCUCAUCAUAGGCAACAGAAAUAGGAAUUGUGUUCAGAAAGGAUUCUUUGAUCCCAAUUUAUAUUGCAUACAAAGAAGCUAGGUAAGGAGUGGUUUGGUACAAUUGAAUAUACAGUGCAUUCCUGCCAAAAAUCACUAUAGGAAUCAUUGUGUUGAUCAAAUAAAAGUAUACAAAGAGAAGAGGCAAGUGAUGCAUUUUAUUCUACAGUUUUCAGUGUUUAUUAUCACUGCAGUGCAGUGUGUUGGUUUGCUGCAUUGAAAGAUAAAAUUGUUUCCACUGCAGUGAAAUAUUGUUUGGUGUACAUUAUCAUCUUUCCAUAGGAACCAUGCCGACCUCUAUUUGGAAAGGGCUGUGGGUACAGUGCUGAUCCAAUUUAAACUUGGGUCCCCAGCAACUAUUGCCUACCAGCAUCAUACUAAUCAAUACUGAACUCCAGUUUUACAUUGGGCAUUCACUAUUCAAUUUGAGAAACAAACCCAUGUCUCAUGAUAUAAGAAGCUCACCGGGAUGAUAGAACUAACAAAGCAGAGCACUAUUGGCUGUGUGCGUUGCAGAAUUAUUUUGCUUGUGAAUUGUUUGUAUAAUUCUGUUUGUUACACUAACAUAUCGUAUAUGCACGGUAGUUUUAAUUUCAUACAAGGUGUUCCUCUCUGCAGUCAUUAAUGGACUGGAAAAAAUCGUCAAAAGCUGGUGUGAAAUUAUUGCAAAGCAGUGUUAAAAUGCACAAGUACCCAUAUGCUAGAAGCAAAGGCAAUUAAUGCAAUUUGCAGUAUUGAGUUUUAUGUUGAUUUCACAGUUAGAAAUGUAUUAAGAGACAACAGUUUACAAAGAGAGGUUUAAUAUGCAGUCAUUUUUUAAAGCUGUUGUAUCCCACUUUCUUGCUAGCUUUCGUGGAUCAAUUCCAUUUCAAAAACAGGGUACAGCCCACAACUUUGCUGUACAGUGUAUAGGUAUGUAAUUGAUUACUUUUUAUUACAUGGAAGAGGGACAAACGUUGCAGCACAGAAGCAAAUUAAUUUGAAGCUUCCAGAAUGCUUGACCAGCCUGGAGUAUGAUUUUUAAUCUGCACAGAACUUCAUGGAUAAAUCAGUUGAGUUUCUCUGAAAAUGCGUCGGAGUUUGGUUGUGUUCUAAGCAUUUCAGCUAGAAAUUUGGUCAUUGUUCUACAUCCAAUAGAAUUUCAUUACUCUAGGUGGGGAAAUUUUUUUAAAAAGUCAGAAGCAUGUAUAUGAUCCACUGUAUUUUCAAUCUGACAGGUGGAAGAAUUUUGAAUUUUGAAAACAGUUUCAGCCUUCAACUGUAGUACUGAUUUUAAUAUUCAAGCCAACAGUGACUGGUACUUUUGAAGACUGGUGUAUGUGCAGGAUAGUAUUUAGAUUUUCAAAUACAGUUUGUACAUGCCACCUAAAAGGAUACCACAGCUUUAAAAAGUAUGCAAACUAAGUGAAUACUUUAAAAUAUUUUUACAGUAAUUUUGUAGUGCUAAACACAGGCAGCAUUAAAUUAAAUUAUACUGUGCUGGUUUCUUUAUAUACUGAAUUGCUCCUUCUGUCUGUAAUGAAGCAUUACUGUAUAUAAACAUAUAUUUCCCUGAAGUCUAGUAAUUAACUAUUUUUGUCAUUAUUCUCUUACAAUGGUGAGAUCUGACAGACCACAGUUUUCAAACAUGUAUGUAAAAUGUAACAUUGUCUCCGUUUGCCUCCAGGUUCAAUUUAAUAACUGUUUCCCUUAUUCUUACUGACUCGCAAUAAUUGUGUUCAGAUGGUGUUACUUUGGUCCUGCUUUAUUAAAUUUAAAAAUGUCCACAGAAGUAAAGCUGCAGGAGACAACAAUGUGUAACAUUCAGUGGCUGAUGCGAUGCACCGAUGUAGCAUUGGUCAACAUGAGCAAACACGCAAAGGAAUUACACUAAUACAUGCUGCCAUUAACAGGAUCACUGAUGAGUUGGUAAAUUGAAUAUGUGUAUUUGUAGUUAUUGUAAGUCAAACUUUGGUAGCUGCUCUGACCAUGUAUUUAAUUAUGUUGCUGGAGGCUUGAUGAUUGUGUGUUUUUAUUUUGGACAAUUGCAGUACUUGCAGGUUGUAUUCUGUGUAGUCUGAAUUGGCUUUCUGUAGUACAAUGAGUCUUAAAAGUCAUUUGUAAUUUAUUGAAUUACUUUCUAUGAAGUUCUAUAGAGCAAAUGGAAGUUUAAUUAUUUUUAUUAAACCUAUUC